UUGUCUGUGCCGGUCCGUGGCGGCGGCGAGAUGUCGCAGGAGAGCCUGCUCGGCCUGGAUGAGGGCGCGCUGCGGAAGCUGCUGGAGGCAACGCUGGACCUGGCUGAGCGGCGCCGCAUCCGCUCGGCCAUCAGGGAACUGCAGCGGCAGGAGCUGGAGCGCGAGGAAGAGGCUCUGGCAUCCAAGCGCUUCCGCCCCGAGCGUGGCAGCCACCCGCAGGACAACAAGGAGAACUGGCCACGGUCCAGGCACCUGGAUGAGGAGCAGCAGGCAGCCCUGGCCACCUUGUCCCGGCGGCUUGAAGCCAUCACCGAUGUGGAAGAGCUGACAAAACUGCUGCGGGCAGCAGGUGAGUACGAGGAGCGCAAGCUGAUCCGAGCUGCCAUCCGCAAGCUACGGGCUGAGGAGAUCGAAGCUGCAACCCUGGCUGGGAAAGCACAGAGCACCCAGAGGGUCGGCAGUGAGUCCUGCACUGUGCCUGGGGAUGUGAAAAGCAGUCGGAGGGAUGAUGCUGAAACACCAGCCCUGGCUGGGAGGGAGAAGAGCAGCCAGAGGGGUGACAUCAAGCUGCCAGCCCUGGCAGGGUGUGGGCAGAGCUGUGGUGAGGCCAGUGGCAAGCCCUUGGACACAGCCAGGAGCAGGGAGAGCAGCCAGCAGGAUGAUGCAGAGCCACCAGCGCUGGCCGGGCCGGAGGAGAGUGGCCAUGGAGGGGCUGCAGAGCAGCCCACUGCCCAGGAGCCCAGCAGCUCAGCGGCCCGUGAGCAAGAUGACUUGGUGAACCAGGAAUGCAUCCCAGCUGGGAUGCAGGAGCUACACAGCUGGCAGGCAGGAGACUCCCAGAAACCCAGCACCCAGGCUGCAGUUUCGGGGACCCUAGUGCUCCUGGAGCUGCAGCUGGCCCCAGAGCCUGUUCCACAGCUCAAAAAUGCUGGCAAGGACCUGAAGCGGAGUCAGCUGUGCUCUCCUGUGACUGCCCAACCCAAUGGGCACCAGGCAGCCUGGAAGAACGGGAGCCCAGACAGCCCUGCCACCACCCAGGAGCCCAGUGCGCAGCAAAGCCACCACGUAGAGCAGCCCCCCCCCAGCCAGCCCAGUGCUGGCAGCCAGCUUGGUACCGCGGUGCAUGGCCAUGUGCCAGUGCCAGCUGGGAGGUGCAGGGCGCAGUCAUCAGCGUCAGUGCCAACCCAGGAUGUGGCAGGGACCCCGGCUCGCCUGAACACUCACCGGUGGGAGCAAACAUCCUCCUCCCUGCGCCUGCCUGGCCGCACAGAGCCGAGCCCCGCCGCGCCGCCGCUGCGGGCUGCCUCCGUGCGGGAGCGCGCCCAGCGCUUCAUCCCUGCCGGCGCGGGGCCGGCCCCCAGCGCUGCGGGGGGAGCGGGGGGACGGGCCAGCCCCGGCCAAUGGCAGCGGGGGCCCCGCACGGCCACGCCAGGGCCCUCUCAAAACGCGCGGGGCUGCGGUGGAGGAGGCGCAGAGCAGUGCCCGGCCUCGGUCGCCCCCGGUCCCGGUCCCGGUGCUGGCCUUGACGGCAUGAAGACCUACUUCACUAUCGAGAUCAAGGAUGGGCGCGUGCAGCCCCUCACACCCCGCGUCCUGGCCACGCCUGGCAGCCAGCGGGCAGAGGUGACCCUGGGGCUGCGGAGCACCCCCAUCCGCAUCACCACCAUCCCCAGCAGUGUCAGCAGUAUCUGCAGUGUCAGCAGCAAUGUCACCAAGAUGGAACCAGAGGUGGUAGAGCAGCCCCAGGCACCAAGGCUGGAGUCGGAGCUGCCCAACGGCAUGGAGAAGGUCCAGGUGAGGGAGCUGGAAAGAAGAAGCAAACUGAACGUCGAGGAACUGAACAGGAUUGAGGAUGAGGAUGUGCUGGAUAAGAUGCUGGAUCAGACAACAGACUUUGAGGAGCGGCGACUGAUCCGAAAUGCCAUGCGGGAGCUGCGCCAGCGCAAGCGAGACCAGCGAGAGAAGGAGCGGGACCAGCGGCUGCAGGAGACUAGGAGCCAGGCUGUGGCAGGGAGGGCUGGGCACACCACAGAGACCACCACCACACAGAGCACCCAGUCAGCCGAUGGCUCGGCACGCAGCACCGUCACGAAGACUGAGCGGCUCGUCCAGUCUAGCGACGGUACCAAGACCUCCCGUAGCACAACCAUGGAGUCGAGUUAUGUGAAGAGAUCAGAUAAUGGCAACAGCACAUUUGUUCAAACCAAGUCAUCCUACAGCUCCUCUUCCAGGAAGACUGGCAGCAUCUUUGACCGCGAAGAUGAGAGUGCCUCGAGGCAGAGCAGCCUGGCUGCGCUGGAGCGGCGCCAGGCUGAGAAGAAGAAGGAGCUGAUGAAAGCUCAGAGUCUGCCCAAGACAUCAGCCUCACAGGCUCGCAAGGCCAUGAUGGAGAAGCUGCAGAAGGAGGGUGGGAGCUCACCAAACCCCGUAGCGGCACGCACUGCGGUGCAGCGCUCCUCCAGCUUUGGCGUACCCAAUGCCAACAGCAUCAAGCAGAUGUUGCUGGACUGGUGCAGAGCCAAGACCCGGGGCUAUGAGCACGUGGACAUCCAGAACUUCUCGUCCAGCUGGAGUGAUGGCAUGGCCUUCUGUGCCUUGGUGCACAACUUCUUCCCCGAGGCGUUUGACUACAGUCAGCUGACACCCCAGAACCGUCGCCACAACUUUGAGGUGGCCUUCUCCUCUGCAGAGACACUGGUGGACUGCGUGCCCCUGGUGGACGUGGAAGACAUGAUGAUCAUGGGGAAGAAGCCGGAUGCCAAGUGUGUCUUCACCUAUGUGCAGUCCCUCUACAACCACCUGCGUCGCCACGAGUUGCGCAUGCGGCAGAAGGAGUGCUAGAGCCUGUCCUGCCUGCCUCCCCCUGCUCCCGAGGAGCUGCCUGCCCCAGGAAGGCCCGUGGAGGGGAGGGGCUCUGCCCCAGGGCACCCCUAUGCCUCUGCCUUGCUGGAGCCCCCUCUGCCCUGUCCAGCUGUGGGCUGGCCACGCGGGCAGGGCAAGGCAGGCACUGCCAGGAUGCUCCGCAGCUUGGCUUGCUUCCCACACACCGGUGUGCUAAGUUAUUUGUUCUCCAGGAGUUGUUUGUCCUGUGGGCAGCACCCCUGGGGCCCCAAGGAGGCUCAGGCCCUCCUGUACCCUCAGGCUUGGGGCUGGCAGCGACCAGCAGCUGCAUGGCCUGACCUCGGUGUAUCCUGCAGGCAGCACAGCUGACAGUGGUUCUCCUUGGGCCCCCCCGUGAGGAAGCUCCUCUGUCCACCAUAGGCCCUGCCUGGUGCCACCUUGCCGUGGCCAGCUCCAUGGCCCUGUGCUGAAACCCUGCUUCCCACCAUGCACAUGCACCCUGGGAUGCUUCUAUACUGGGGGGGCUGCAGUACCCAUGUGCUGGGGAGUGGGCAGGGGGGUUGAUGGGUCCCAGGGGAGCAAGGGGCCCAAGGAUCAAGCCAGAACAGCAGCCCCUGCUUUCCUCCCCAGCUCAGGGCACCACGUGCUCAGCACUGCUUGCCCUUCCAUCACUGUCUCUACACCUGUGUUGACACGUUCCAAAUCCAGCCGGGCAAUAAACAUUUAUUCUAUGGGAUGA